UCCGAAAAAAUACUCAAAAUGUUAAAAAAGUACGCUAGGUUCUUCAAGUGUUCAGCGUUAUCAUUACUGGUUCUUGUAAUCUGUAUAAAUUAUAGUGAAGCAAAUGUUCAAAUUAGUGAAACAGGUUUGAAUUUCUUCGAUUUUGAAGAAAUUAAAAAUGAUUUUUUUCAACAAAGCGACUUCAACAUUUCAAACACCUAUCGGAGUAUUGAUCUCGAGGCUGUGGCGAAAAAUGCGAAAUGUCUCAAACAAAUGAUAGAAAUUCAACGUGGUUUGCGAAAAGAGAUGUGGGCAAGGAAAAUUGUGGAUUCAUGGGGAAAAAUUCCGUCUGGAUUGCUUAACGGAAAUUUCUAUGAACUUGGUGAAUUUUCGCAAUGCUUAAAUAUUGAUCGAAAUGGAAAGCGAUAUGAAACACAAUACUGCUUGGGGCAAUUGACUUUUGAAGCUAACCUUGGUAUAAUGCCAAAAUCAAUUGGAUUCGGUUUAAAUCAUAAUCAUGGGUUUUGGCAGAUGGGCAAACAUACAAACAUUGAUCAACGAUUGCUUGUACCAAUAGCCGAAAAAAAAAUAAGCAUUACCUUUGGAAUGUGUUUGCCAGACUCUUGUUCAUUGCACCUAACUGAAAAGAUCCUUAAUGAUGUUAUACUGAAAAAGGGUUAUAAAGUGAAAGUAAGCUUUCCGGAUAACAUGUGUCAAGUUAAGGAAAGCCCUUCGGAAUUGAAGAAAAUCGAUAUCGCUGCUAUAUUUGUAUUGGUCACAUUUUUUUGCUUGAUAGCAGCGAGCACCUGUUACGAUAUCAUAUGCACAUUAACAAAUCGCGUAAAAACUCAAGCACUUUUGAUAUUUUCGUUCUACUCGAAUGGCAUGAAAUUGCUGUCGUAUAAAAAAUCAAAGUCACCAGAUAUGAUGCAUUGUUUGCAUGGGAUUCGUGCCAUUUCAACACAAUGGGUUGUGCUUGGUCACACAUUUAUGAUGUUUGCCGUGUUACCCGCUCGGAAUAAAAUUGAUCUAUUGACAUUCAUUAAACAGUACCACAACAUGAUUAUACUUUCCGCACCAAUAUCGGUUGAUACGUUUUUCUUCAUGAGCGGUUUAUUGGUUUCCAUCAACUUGUUGAAACAUUUUGAAAAGACGAAAGGAAGAAUAAACAUACCACUUCUCUAUUUCCAUCGUUAUUUGCGGUUGACACCACUUUUGGGUGUUACAUUUCUGAUAUCAAUGUCUUUACUAAAAUUCCUCGGCAAUGGGCCAGUGUGGCCGCUUCUUAUGACGAAGGAUACAAGUUGUGAAAAAUAUUGGUGGUCAGCCCUAUUAUACGUCCAAAAUUAUGUCAAUCCAACGGAAAUGUGCUUUGGAUACUCUUGGUAUUUGUCAGUUGAUAUGCAACUUUUCGUGAUUUCACCAGUGAUUAUUUACAUCGUUUACAAAUUAAAGACCAAAUCAAUGUCGAUUCUACUGAUUUUGAUUUUGGGUUGCAUUGGUUGCGACUUGGCGCUUCAUCAGAAAUAUGAUAUAAAAGGAAUGAAAUCAAGACGAAUGGAUAUAAUAUACUACCCUACACACGUUCGAUUUUCUCCGUGGCUGAUUGGCGUAAUUUCCGGAUAUAUUAUAUUUGAAGCCCGAAAGCGAUCAGUUCGCAUUCCAAAGUUGUUCAACCUUCUCGCUUGGUUGCUUUCUCUUGCUCUGCUGGCAGCCGUGAUUUUUCUAAAUUAUCCCCUAAUUCAGAUAAAUUCAGAGGCAACGUGGUUGGCUUAUGGACUGUACGAUUCGUUGAGUCGUGUUGCAUGGUCGAUUGCUCUGUUUUACAUUACAUUUGCAUGUGUAAACAACUACGGUGGCCCGGUUAAUUGGUUCUUGGCUCACCCACUAUGGCAGCCGAUCUCAAGAGUUUGCUAUGCAAUCUAUUUAAUACAUUAUCAUGUGCUCACGGUAGUAAUGGGCCAACUGAAAGCACCAGAUUAUUUUACAGAAUUGAAGGCAUUCCAUACAUUCCUUGGAAUUUAUGUGAUAACAGUGUUCGUUUCUAUAAUUGCAUCGCUUGCGUUUGAAUCACCGUUUAUGAUUAUUGAGAAAUUAUUGUUCACGCCAGCAAAACACGCAGCACGCAACAAUAGAUCGGAAAAUACAGUAAAAAAUUAAUUUAUUUAUCAUUAUUGACAAUCAAUUUAGUAACAUUAAAAUAAAGAAAGUUAAGAAACGGUGAUACAAGUAA